UUUUUUUAAUGGGUGCGGGCAGAGCUUUUAGUAAAUAAAUAAAGCACCUCUACACCGAUCUUCCUCGUCCCUCUCUCCUCUUUCACAUCUUUCACAUCUUUCUCUUUUUUUGUCCUUUUAUACUCUACAAGAUACCCCUCAGUUUCUCUCGUUAUAUCGAGUGAUUUGAAUGCAUCCUGAUUCUUUCAAGUUAAAGUUCAAAAUGUCUGCCGGAGAUAUGCACGACGAGCAGGUCAAGGAGGCCCUCAUCACCUAUGAGAAGCUCCAGGCCAUCGAGGAUGACUUUGAGGAUGUUGAGCUCGAGAUCCUCCGUCAGCAGGAUAAGCUCACCAAGGACCUCUACGUCAAGCGUCAAGAGGUCAUCGCCAACAUCCCCCAGUUCUGGCCCCUCGUUUUCGAGCAGUCCCCUCCCGAGGUCGAUGAGUACAUCCAGCCCAGCGACUCCGAGCUCCUCCUCAACGCCCUGACCGGCCUCUCCGUUGAGCGCUUCGAGCUCCCUAACGGUGACCCUCGCUCCAUCUCCCUCAAGUGGGAGUUCAAGGAGAACGACUGGUUCGAGGACAAGGUUCUCGAGAAGAAGUUCUACUGGCGCUUCCACAAGGACGGCUGGGCCGGUCUCGUCUCCGAGCCCGUCGACAUCAAGUGGAAGGAGGGCAAGGAUCUGACCAACGGCAUGCUCAGCCUCGCCAAGAAGGUCUACGAUGAGGAGAAGGCUGGCAAGAAGCUCGGUGAGACCGAGGCCUCCAAGAAGCUCCACAAGCUCAUGGAGGAGACUGGCAUGGGAGGUGUCAGCUUCUUCUGCUGGUUCGGCUUCCGCGGCCGCAAGGUCAGCCCCGAGGAGUCUGAGGAGGGCCGCAAGCUCGAGGAGGAGAAGCGCAAGGCCCGCAAGGAGGGCAAGUACGAUGAGGAUGAUGAUGACAUGGACGAGGACGACGAUGAUGAUGAGUACGAGUAUGAGAUCUUCCCCACCGCCGAUGAUCUCGCCGUCUUCAUCGCCGAGGAUCUGUGGCCCGGUGCCAUCAAGUACUUCACCAACGCCCAGGAGGCCGAUGAUAUGCCCAGCGACCUCGAGUUCGAGGAGAUGGACGAAGAUGACUCUGAUGACGAUGAGGCCCCUGCCCUGAAGAAGCGUAAGGCCUAAACCGUCCAAUGAUUUUUUGUUUUUGUUUUCAUGAUGAUCUAAUUUUUCUCUUGGUAAAGAAUAGACUAAGGCACGCGGAUGAAAUGAUGGCUAUGAAAAACGGUUAUGGGAUCAGGAAAAUGGGAUGGAUCUACCGAUUGGGUUUUCGGUAGAUAAUGAAAUAAAAGGAUCGAAUUUAUCAGCAGUUUCUUAGGUCUUCAUGCGAUACUAUGAUGGAGUGAAAUGAUGUCACACACUGCUGUAUAUUACUUUGCCA